GUGAGUGGCCGAAAUUUACCGAGUUUCGAAAAAGCUUUCACUUUAAAAUUCGAAAUGCCCAGUGACGGCGGUGGUAAUGGGAGUUAAUGUUUGAAGCGCCAAAGAUGCUUCAAAAAAUAACAAGAAUUGGCGAUGAGGAACUCUUCACUGGUUUUGUACUGGACAAACACUUGCGAGGCUUGAUUGAGGAGUGCAAAGUGAUCUGUAUUCGAAAGAUGAGCUCCAGACAGAAAGUAACCAAGAUAAAGCGAAUAAUGGGCAUCCAGUCACCGGACCAAACCCUAAUCAUAUUCAAACCGAUACAAGCGUUCUAUUGGUUCUUGAAACCGCAGCUGCUGCGGCAACCACGAGCCUUCUCAAGUUUGCGUCCCUUGGAGAAUACAUACGGCCAAGUGAUGGAGUGUGGAACCUUCUAGAUGGUCUUGCUGUACUUUUUUCGGGUUCUGCGAUACAAAAAGCGAUAAAGCUUAAAAUCGAGAAACGAAAUCCCGCAUCUACCAUCGACGUAAUAAUUUUGUAGCAGUUUCACUUGUGAUUGAUAUCAAUAUCCUGGAUAGAACCGAAAACGGAAGAAAACUCUUUUUUUAUAAACAUUGAAAAACACUAACACAAACUAUCACUAGCCAAUAACAACUCAAAUAUCGACCAUUACAUGCACG